AUGACAGACUCUAUGUCGAGUUCAAGCGAGCAGCCGCCGAUCUCCUCGGACCAGUCACACCCCAAGCGCAUACGUCUCUCACUGGCCUGCAACCAGUGUCGGAAACGCAAAGUCAGGUGUGACGCCCAGACUCCGAAGUGCCAUAAUUGUAUCCUUCGCGGAGACGACUGUCAAACCACCAACCCCCGGAAUCCCAAAGAGAACGCAGUGCGGCGCUGGGCAUCCAAGAGCAACACCACCCGCAGCGACGCCAGCAUCCAUGAGAGCUCAGAGCCGCCCCGCGAUCGACACAUCCGCACCGCGUCUCCGAGGCCACGCCAGUAUCUCUCGCCGGCCUACGACGAUGGUUCCGAAGGCGAGGAUGCGGCGUCGCGCCGGCUGUCAUGGGUCGCACAGGCAUACCGGGCCAAUGCCCGGGAUAACGACAGCGGCCACGCACACCACGACCACUCCGAUCUCAACCCGGAUAUGGCGCUGAACACGGACGAGACUCCUCAUCGGUUCAAGUUCAUGGGCGGCAGCAGCGUCCAAUCGUUGACCAUGUUUGCCGACCUCUUCUUUCGCAAACGCGGUCUUCGCACCCUGUCCCCAUAUUUCCGGUUCGGCAUGCAUCACGUCGAGGAGUUCCAGGUGCCUUUGACACUGCAGCUGCCCUCCCUUCCUCCGCUAUCAAGCCUAGACGCGUAUCUGGAUGUGUACAUGAAGCGCAUAUUUCCGCUAUUCCCUGUCUUUGAUGAGCCCACCAUCCGAUCUGAUAUGGAUCGGCUGGUGUCGCUUCAGGAAGCCAACGCGUCCGGUGGGCUCCAGAGCGCGAUCGAACCAUCCCAAAUACCAACUCUUGUAUCCAUUUACUCUAUCAUUUGCAUAAGCGCGGAUGAAGAGACUGGCAUAGUGACGGAAGUUGGUACACACUUUCUGACUGUGGCAUACAGCCUUUUGGCCCAUGUCAUCUCUACUCCCUACCUGGCCUCUGUUCAAGCCUUGGUACUCCUCGCCAUCGCACUCAGAGGCCGCAGCAAGGAGGGACAAGGAUGGCAGACACUCGGGCAAGCGAUUCGCAUCGCGCAUUCUGUCGGACUUCAUCGACAUGCCUCAACCAGGCAUCCUCGCAAUCCUCCAGCAGUCGCGAACUCGGCACCAUCGCCUGGAUAUCAAGGCAGUCGGAAGCUUCACAGCCAAUUAUGGUGGACAUGCUACACGCUCGAGAAGCUGAUGGAGCUCGAGACCGGUCGACCUAGUGCGAUACACGAUUCGGAUUGUGACCAAACAUUGCCCGAACCAGUACCCGUCCCGGCUGCAGGAAUCGCCAUGUCUAUUGGCUCAUCACCAGAAGGCCAAGCCGAACGUCAAACGAUUGACUACUUCCAGCCAUGGGCUUCACUUACACGGAUCAUAAGCAGCAUCAGUGCUCACAUCUACCGUCGGUCGGGCCAAGCUCAAACACCCCGCCUCCUUCUCGGCGAUACCGUCCGCCUUGAUUCGGCGCUCACUGAAUGGGCCCAGUCUCUUCCUCCUGAGAUCCGACCACCGGGCCCCAACAGUGGGAACGUGAUCUUGUGUGAGACUGGCCACAAACAUCUCGCCAUCUUCCUGGCAAUUCACUACCAUCACGCUCUGAUCUCUCUCCAUCGAGCCGCCCUUGUCUUCCCCGAAGCCAUGUAUCGCACGCAUAUCAACACACAAGCAGACUCCGCAGGCCUCUCAUCAGUUGAACUUUCACGUCUCAGGCGAGGGUCGGAAAUAUGCAUCGGUUCAGCCAGAGCAAUCAUUAGACUCAUCGGCGAGAUAGCAGAUGAUUCAACCCCUACACCCCGCGCACGCAACGGCAUGCUGGGUGAACCGCAUACCAACAGAUCCGAGUCGAUCAUAUUCACCAUCACACAUCCACUGAUAUCCGCCGUGGCGCUAGCACUCCACAUUCUCAAACAACCUAGCUCACGACUUGCACGAUCUGACCUGGAGCUUCUGGGUAUCGCGGCGCAGUAUGCUGAGGAGCAGUACACGAAGGUCACGCAGAACCCUCGCUUCAUCCAAGCCUGUUCCGUCCUGCAGUCAAACAUGGCUGAGAUCGUCUCGUCGCAGCACACUCAAGGCCACGGGAAUUAUUCCCAUCAUCACCAACAUCGCGACUCUAUCGCGUCUGACAACAUGUCUUGGCGAGGUAAUGAGAAGACAUCGACAGAAACCCCGACCAUGGGUAAUGUAGGCGCUGAGAUGGAUGUAAUGGACCUCGAAUUACCGGAUCUCACGGGCAUGUUCACCGAGAUCAGUAACACCGACAUAUUUGGAGGCGUAAGGUUAGAGGACCUUUGGGGGAUGCUUGGAACCGCAGCUGACGGGCAGGCUGCCGAGGGGUCUGAAGGGUCGUGGUCGCGGUCAUGA